GUCGAAGUACUGCCUGUUUCCCCCAUCCACCAAUCAUAUAGUAAGACUAAAGAAUAUAAUAAGAAGGUGACAAAAUCAUCAAAAUGUUUACGUAUCAUAAUUUAACUACACAGCUAAGAUCUCUUCAAUCUCCCCCAUCACACUUGUUAUUAACAUAUUUGUGUUGCCCCACUUCUUCAUACUCAUCGAAGAAAUAACAAAAUAUCAUCAUGAGCUCUGACAACAUAAAUAAUGAUCACGGAACCGAUCCCGACUUCUGGCAAAACGCGGCUUCUUACCAUGGCAGCAGCAAGAUUUUAAUUGUCAUCAUCCUUGUUUUCUCUAUUUUCAUCCUCGUAGUCUGCGCUUAUCAUCUAUACCCAAGAUUCGUUCUCCGCGGCGGCCGUAGAUCCACCUUCCAAGGCCACUCUCUCACCCUUGUUACUCAGCCGCCCAAACAUGGCCUCGACAUAGUUGUCAUUGAUUCUCUUCCUACAUUCGUGGUUGGAGUCAACGGUGAUCAUGACGUCUCGGCGACGACGGAAUGUGCGGUGUGUCUAGCCUUGUUGGAAGAGAAAGAUACGGCGAGGAUGUUACCGAACUGCAAACACGUUUUCCACGUGACAUGCGUUGACACAUGGCUCGCAACGCACUCCACUUGUCCCAUUUGUAGAACUGAUGUCGAGCCGAGUCAUAGACUUGAGCCUGAGCCAAGAGAAGGGCCAGUUGGUGAUGGUGCAUCUUCGUCGGAUUACAAGAGUGGCGGGUCAACGGUUGUGCGGUUAGAUUCGUUUCGGAGGAUUUUGACAAGGGAAAGAUCUUCGGACAGGAACGAUCAUUCUCGCGUUGACCAAGAUCGUGUAUUAGAUCUUGAAAGACAAUGAAUAAUAGUACUCUUGCUCACGUACGAUAUUACUUUUGUUCCUUUAUAGUUUUCUGUGCAGAGGUGUAUUUCCGUAAGCGUAGGAAGAAGAUCAAUGCCGUGGGGCUUACGGGUGAAGAAGAGUUGUUGGAAGAAGAGAAUGAGAGCAAAGCCUCGGAGGAGAAGAGAGGGUUUGAAGAGGAAUAAAAUCAGUCGAGCAAAGCCUAGGAGAGAAAGAGAGGCUUUGCGAGUCACGUAUCCUUAGUGAUACUUAUCUAUAAAUAACAAGAAUAAGAGUCAUGGGUUUUCCAUGUUUUGUGUGACGUAAGAAGUGACGUAUGUGUCCUUCAGGUGAUCGUUCGUGAUCAUCGUCGUUAUCUUCUUUACGUGUAAUCAGUCUCGUACUUGGAUCGGAGAAAGUAAUAG